AUGUCGCUGCACUGUACAAGUUCCCUACUGAAAGUGCCCCUGCAACUACACUGCCGCAUGCAUGUGCCGCUGCUGAAGGAUGAGGAAGACACAGCCAUCAACAAGCGUUACGGCACGAGUCAAAUCCCUAAUCGCUUGCGAAGACAAAGACAAUCCGACUCAUACGAUUCGGCGUAUGUGCUCCUGCGGGGUCGAUGGUAG